AUGGCGUCGCGCGCGUCGUCUGGCGAUGGCGCCGCGUCCGAGGACGACGACGCCGCCGCGGCCGAAGACGCCGAGAAGUCGGCCGCGGUCGACGAGCUCGACGCCCUCGUCGAGCGCCACUCCAGGUCGCUGACGCGCGAGCGCGACGCCCUGCGCGCGUUCGCCGCCGAGCUGGACGCGACGCGCGCGUCGUUCGCGUCGCGCGUCGCGUCGCAUCGCAUCGCGCUGCGCGAACGCCAUCGCGGCCAGAUCGAACGCCUCGUCGCGCUCCUCGAGCGCGCCCUCCGCGAGCAUCGCGUCUCGUACUCGCACGACCUCGUCGCGUCGCGGCAUCUCCAGGCGCUCCUGACGCGCGACCGCGAGCUCGCGGACGCGGACGCGCUGCGCGCACACAACGACGACGCGCAGGCGCGCGAACGCGACGCCGCGCUCGCGGUCGUCGCGGACGACGACGACGCGAGGACGCGCGCGACGCUCGAGCGCCAGCGCGGCGAGACAGAGGCGCUCGAUUCGCGCUUCGACGGCGUCGAGCGCGCGCUGCUCCGCGCGCACGCGGAGGCGCACGGCGCCGCGGUGGGGGUGGUGGGGGGGAAGGCGGAACGUCAACCGUCGCGGCGCGCGGCGACCGACGCGGCGCUCUCGGCGGCGAAGCGAAAGACGGCGGCGGCGCGCGACGCGGUCGACGCGGCGUUCGCGGACGUCUCGCGACGUUCCGACGCGUCCGCGGCGCUCGAGCGGCGCGCGGUGGAGACGCGUCUCGACCGCCGCGAGCUCGCGCGGAGGGCGCGAGGGGCGUGGUCGCCGCCGCGGGGGCGCGACGGCGACGGCGACGUCGACUGGGCGGCGAUGGGGACGCCGCCAGACGCGGUCCUUCGGUCGCGCGGGAUCGACCGCGUCGCGCGCGCGUUCGAGGCUCUGGACGUCGCGGUCGAGAAUGCGCGGCGGCGCGAGGAGUGGGAUCGCGCGCGCGCGGCGGCGGCGGCGGCGAAGAGGGAGCGGACGACGACGCGAGGCGUCGGCGGCGGCGGAGGACUCGGAAUCGUCCGCGAGGGAGACGAAGAGGAAGCCGCGCGCGCGGAGGCGAGGCGACUCGCCGCGGAGAACGACGCCGCGCGGCGGAAGCGCGUGUGGACGUUCGAGACGGCGUUAUGGGACGACGACGAGGAGGAGGAGGAGGGGGAGAUGGAUGAGGACGACGGCGGGAGGAGGGUGGCAGAGACGGGGAGACCGCUCCCGCGGUCCGGCGGCGGCGGCGGCGGCGGCGGCGCGCCCGCGCCGUCGAACGCGACGCGGCGGUCGGACCGUCGUCGUCGCGACCCGGCGAUGGGGUUCGAGGGCAUGGGCGAGCCCGCGUUCGCGCGCGAUCACCGCGGCGUUCGAGGAGGCGCGGGCGCGCCGGCGAGCGCGCGCGGCGACGGCGCGGAAGACGGCGGCGCGCGUUUGCCUUUUUCGCUUUUAGAGGCGGAGGCGGCGGCGGAUGACUGGAGCGACGACGACGAGCGCCGCGAGAACGCCGCGCCGCGGAACGCGGGCCCCGAGGACGCGACUCGGCGCGGACGAUGCCCGCGGCGCGGUCCCGGGAUGCGACUGCCGUCGGAGCCGAAGCCGAUGCGGAAGCAGACGAGGAAACCCCCGAGGGUGAUGUUGCCUUAG